UUUAUGUUAUGCAUGUCCUUAUUAACAAAGUGGCCAUAAGUCUGUUAAUGCUGUAGUAGUUUUAAUAGUAUAAGACUUACGCUAAGAGCCACAACGUGGCGCUGCGGUAUUACAGCGGAGGUUUUCAGAUGCGGAAGUGAAUUAUACACAUAUCGGAAGUUGUUUUUGUGACCGUCAGAAGGGUAGACAUUUUGGCCCAUGUAGACGACAAUUUUGCGAGAUUCUCUAAAAAACAUAAAAAAAAUCUUGUCCUUCGCAGUAAUUUCUCUGUGUUUGUACACUCACAUUUCACCACAAUCAUGUGGUAUGAGAUAUUGCCCGGUUUUGCUGUUAUGACAGUUUGUCUGAUGAUUCCUGGCAUCGCAACUGCUCAAAUCCAUAAGUUCACAAACGGUGGAAAGGAAAAGAGGACCGCACGGGUUCCCUAUCACUGGUAUUUGAUGGAGAGAGACAGGAGAGUGUCUGGAACUGGAACACACUACCAUGCCAAGGGACUUGAAAACAUCAAAUGAAGAGCCACCAAGCAACAAUUGAAAUGUACAUUUUGUCCAGUAGUCUAUUAAAACGUUAUCUUUAAAUUAUUAA